CAGCUUAAACUUUUCAUCCGUUUAUGGAUGUAUGCAUUUUUUAUGUACAUUGCCUUCUAUUUUGGAAUUGGGUCCGUUAUUGCUGAACAUAGUACACUCUUCAAACAUAUUUCAAUUUUAGACGUAAAAAGUUCGUUUUAUUUUCAGAUGUCUGGCAUAUUUUUCUUAAGCUUCCUUUCCCCAGGCAUUAUCAUACCCUUAAUACCCCCAUUUCCGUUAAACCAUAUAGAAACUGCCCUUAAUGUCCGAGAAGGAAUACUUGAGAUAACUGACUGUCUCAUCUUAUGGUGGUUGGGUGGGUCCAUGGUGUAAAAACUAGCCCGAGUUAACUCGUAUCGCCCGAGUUAACAAGGUUUUGGAGGCUGGCGAUACGAGAUAUCCCGAGUUGUAAAGGUGUUUUUAAAAACGGCGAGAUCUCGGCCGGUUCAACCGAUCCGAACGAAUUUUGUCCGCAUUAAACGUUAUAAACCUCACAUCUACUCGGUUUUCAGCCGAAUUUCCCAUGUUUUCGACAAAAAGAAAGGGAAAAAGGAAAGAAAUGGAGAAACUCCAUUAAAAUAGAGUAGAGAACUCCAUUUUCAAAUCUAAAACAAGAGAGGAGAGAGAAGGUAGACAAAUGAAUUCAUUUUAAUUAUGUCACGUGUACGGUUUAGGGGAGGGGGACUAGGGUAGGUAGUGAAUGGGGCUGACGUGGGGCUUCUUUUUAAAUUUCAAAUUCCUACACGACAACCGCGACACGGUCCGCGACUAACGCAUCAUUUCCGUUACCGAGACUCCGCGACCGAUCCCGCGACCGUGACCGAUACCGCAUUUUUUAUCUAUGGGUGGGUCUGUGGUUAUGAAAUAUUUUCCUACUUUGAAGAACCACCAAUCCCUCGGAUUACACACUUGGAAAUGGGUUGAGGUAUCACUACUCGUUGUCAUAGGUUACAAUGUCAUUACAGUUUGUACCCAUAUGAUAUUGCUGUGGCUACGAUAUUUAGUUAAACUUGAUCCAGGUACUGAUACAAAAUCACCUCAAUAUUCAAUAUUAGAGAAUCUGAUGUGUAGAAAGUACCUAAUGUACUGUGCUAUUGGAUUGAAACACAGCAUCAACUUCAUAUUGAGUUCAAUUCUACUUCUAUUUACGUGGGUGUUGUAUUUUGGCUCCCACCUAAACAAAACACCCAGGGGCACAAAGGUUUUGGAAAUCGGAACCUGGACUUGUGUUAGCGUUUUGAUUUGUUCUGUUUUUUGGUUGAUCAAGACUUGUGUCUUAUUGUCAUGGGAGGCUGUUGCAGUCUAUGAUAGAUUAAGUUCUAGAAUCUUAGGAGGGGGAAGCAGUUGUACUUUCUUGGCAUCAUUGGUCGACACAACCAUGAUUUUUUAAACCUUCUGUAUGAUGAUAAACCAACGAGAAAAGUAGCUCAAGUUGACAAACUAGCAGAGGAAAAACAAGACGAGUUAAACAGCACAAUGAAAAAUAUGAGGAAAUCACCAUCACAUUUAGCUGUAUUUUCAACUCUUUUUCAUAGGAUUAGAUAUAACUCUGCAGUUUCAGAUGCUUUUAACCUUUACUACAAGAGUAAAUCCGAUGAAAAGGGUGAAAAGAAAAGAUUAGGAUUGGCACUCCUGUUACGGCUGUUAUCACAGCAACUAUUAUUUAAAUCAAUUCAAAAUAUCACCCCAACUCCAGUAAAAUUAAUGAGAUUGGGUGCCCGGAGCAAAAGUAAGUCGGACGAUGUCGAUGAGUGGGCAAAACAAGGGAUAGCCGAAUUGGAUGACAAGGAUGAUGGGUGUGAAAAUCAGGAAGUAGAAUACUCUAAUGUGAAGAAAUUGUCAGGUAAAGUGAAGAAGAGAGUCAAGGAUGACUUGUUAAUGCAGGAUGGUCUUGCUCUCACCAUACAUAGUAUGCAAAGGGUGUCUCAGUACCUUUUGACUGCUAGAAAAGCUUUAUCAAAUGAUAAAUAUACCUCUGAUAUCCUGCUCAAUUUGGAGAGAGGUAGCCAAGAUGGCAGGAUUAUUAAAAAGGACCUCAUGAAGCAAUUCAUUGAAGGCGGAAACAAUGCAAAUGAGGAGGCCCAACAAUCACCUAGAGCUUCUAAAAAAGGAAGAGUGAAGCACGAGUUUGACUAUUUUCAAGAUCAAUUACAGGAUCAGUCAGAAUUAAUAGAAGAAAUACCGCUUAAAGUAAUAAGAGCAUGGAUGGAUCGGGCACGUACCAAUUGUUUGCUCCUUGCAAAUACGUUGAGUAGUGCGAAUGAGGUUGUGGAUUGUUUGAACAAAAUUAUCAGCACACUUCUAAUUGCUGUAAUUUUUAUAAUGUGGUUGCUUCUAACUGGGUUCGCUACGAUAAAAUUAUUAGUCAUCAUAGCAUCACCUUCGUUGGCUGCAACAUUAAUAUUUGGUGAAUCUUGCAAGACCCUAUUUCAAGGCAUCAUAUUUACAUAUGUGGUGCAUCCCUUUGACGUUGGUGAUUUAUGUGUUAUCGAGGAGAAAAUGAUGGAGGUUAGGACUAUUGGGGUAUGGAAAACAACUUUCACAAAAGUUGGUACGCAAGAGGAAGUAAUAUUUACAAAUUCACAACUAACCAGCAAAGAUAUCAUCAACCACAAGACCGAGUUUGAUUGGAACGAUUGUGUAGAGCUUGAUGUAGCUUCUCUGAAUAAGAAACAAAUCAUGAGAUUGAAAGAAAAAAUUGAAAAACACCUUGAAGACAACGAAGAGAAGAAAUUCGCAACAGGUUAUAAUUGUGUCACGGUGUUGACAACUGGAGAUAAUAACCUAAAGCUAGCCAUAAGUUUUCGACACAACGAGGACCGUUAAAACUGUAUUUACUCUGAA